AUAAAACUGAGAUACAGACUCUAGUUACUUCUAGUUUCGCCCGAACGUCGGGUCCUAUCAUUCUUUGGAUGAAAAAUAAAAGUUAGUCCUUAAUCAUGUUCAGAUCGUCGAUUCUAGUUUUACUGUGUCUAUCGGGCAUCUACUCAACGGCCGUAAAAAAGGAGCCGACAGAAAAAGAAGUUGAAUCAGCUAAAUCGAAAAGAUAUGCUACUCACACGACACCUUGCCCUCCGGAAGAAAACUCUCAACUCUGGAAACCUACAAGAAAACAAAUCGUCUCCUACGAGAAACCGAAUUUAUCUGGAUGGCAGCAACCACAGUCAAAUGGGUGGCAGCAACAAAAAGCAACUGCAUGGCAACCAGAAUCAUCUGGGUGGCAGCAGCGAAAAACAACUGAAUGGCAACCGCAGUCAUCUAGAUGGCAGCAACAGUCAACUGGUUGGCAGAAACCUCAAUCAGCUGUAUGGCAAAAACCACAGUCUUCUGGAUGGCAGUCACAGUCAACUGGAUGGCAGAAACCUCAGCCAUCUGCUUGGCAGGUACCAAUGACAACUGGUUGGCAGAAGCCGCAAUCUUCUGGAUGGCAACAAUCACAAGUGUCUAGCUGGCAGCAACCUCAGACAACUGGAUGGCAGAAGCCACAAUCAUCUGGAUGGCAGAUACCGCAGUCAUCUGUGAUGCCACAGCCGCUGUUAUCUGGUUGGCAGGCACCCCAGUCAGCUGGAUGGCAGCAGCCCCAAUCAUCUGGAUGGCAGCAGCCAGAAUCAUCUGGCUGGCAAAAACAGAAAUUGCCAGAAUUAACUGGCUAUCAAGAGCCAAAGUACACGUCAGGGUGGCAACCACAGACAUCUGUUGUGCGAAAACCCCAAUCGGCUGGUUGGCAACAGCCUCACACAUCUGGUUGGCAGCAAUCCCAAUCAUCUGGAUGGCAAAUACCACAAUCGUCUGCUUUGCAGCAGUAUCAAUCAUCUGUUUGGCAGCAACCCCAGUCAUCUGGUUGGCAAAAACCACAAUUAUCUGGAUGGCAACAACCGUGUCCUUCUCCAUGUGAUUCAGAUCCUGCUAUAAAAUACGCACCACUUCCACAAUCUCAUCAGAUCAAGAUUCCGCAGAUAAAAUACACCCAACCCCAGAUUAAGCAGCCUACCUAUAUUCCACAACCAACCCAAAACAAAGCCUGGGAAGAACCAUGUGACUGAGAACUUGCUGAAAUGGAAACUUCUACUGGUCAUUGUGUCAUACUCAAGGUCCAAAGUGAAUUCAGGAUCUUGUUGCAUAUCGUAUACAAUUUUUGAAGAAUUAUCCAUUUCUCAAUUUGUUUUUAUUUCUACGCAUCAUGAAACAAUUAUGUUGUUUCCAUGAUGUGUGUUUUUAUACUGAUGUACAAUUUAGUCAUGUUUUUAUACUUAUUUUUGCAAAUGAAGCACUAUGUUUGAAGCGAAUAAAAAUCUUUUUCUAAUGUUUUUUUUUCUCUCUUCAAGAAACCAAAAACACCUGCGCAGGUGAUUUGAGAUGUCUAUUAGUUUUAACUAUUGAAAAUUUAUUUUCACUGGAUACUCAACAUCGGUUUUAACUUAUGCUUUUGAUCUACAUAUGUGGGCGUCCGCAUGAAAGGGCACCUUAUGACCGGUGCAUAUUUACGAGAUAUGUUUUUUAUGUCAGGGUUAAAAUUAUUAUUUUUGCGUUUGAGUGGGGCAUGAUGCUGAAGUUGUUCGAUUAUAUUAAAUAUAUAAUAUAUUGCUAUUGCUAUUUUACUAAUGUUCCGAAAGCAAACAAGAGUGACUAUAUUUCAUGUCCGAAGAACAAGUGUAAUGCGUGCGCUUAAUUAGAGCACUUGCCAAUUUUAGAUACAUUUUUAUUUGAAAAAACAGGUUUUCGAAGAUUUAACAUUUUUUAACCCAAAUUGUUUAUCUUGGGCUUAAAAUUCCGACAAUUUAUCUAUCUAUAUGAACCUAUGCGUAACUUCAAACCGGCCGUAUGGGCUAUUUUCAUGCGGAAACCCACAUAUUUUUCUUUUGCUUUUAAAAGUGAUGCGAUAUAAAUAAUAUUUUACAAAAAUGUAAUAUCUUUGAAUUUUGAAAUGAACUUCAACCCAUUUUUCUAUAAGAUCACCAACAGAUUUUGAAUAAGCUCUGAGGCUGUAGAGCAUUCUGCAAUAAAAGAAUAAAUGAUCAAAUAUUUGCAUAAAUUAGAGUUUGCAAUAGUAUAUAUCGAGGUCACAAAAGAGAAAAUUCUGGGAACUAAUUAUUGAGUGGCAUCAAGACUUUUUACAGAAACCUAAUUUCGUCAUAUGAGAAUAACUCUCUUGCAUAAUACGGCAAUGAAACAAGCUACUUCGCACUUUUGUUGUUACAUAAGGGUCUUUCAAUGGUUUUCCCAUACUCACUGUUCUAUGGGUAGUUAUAUGUACAUCUACGCAAAUAUUUAUCAUAUUACACUAUUGUAAACAUACAUGGUGUUCCCAUGGAAUGUCGACAUGUUCCCGUGUAAGGCAUAUAAGACACCAACCAGAUCAUGAUAGGAUUUCUUUCAGUAAAAGUGGUAAAGUGUAGCGGAGUUUUAGUAAUAUCAUGAAAAGAUUAGUGAGUGAUUCUGUUCGGAAAAUUUAAAAAUUGUGCUUCUGAUAAUACAAUUACUAAAAUAAAUGUAAUAAAUGCGAUUCUUAAGAAGUGUUCUCUGCAUCAAGGGGACUAUUUUUUUUUCAAAAUGCAUUAAGUGACAGACAAAACUGUUAAUUAAUGUCAAAUUGUUAAAAGAUGCAAGCGAAAGGCAAAACAGGUGCAUUUGUCGCAAACUUAAAAUUUGGUUCAAGCUCUUAUCAAAAAAGACAAAUUAAAUAUUUCUAAUAUGCACCUUUUCAAUCAACCAUUUAAAGAAAUUGGAAAUCGAAAAUGAUUUAGAAACUUCACCUUUGAGUGUUAUCUACUUUAAUGAUUCUUUAUUGUUUUUAUUUGAUCAAUGCUUGAAAGUGUAUGUAUUAUAUUUUUAUACGUAUAGAAUUUUCCCCUUAAUAUUACCAUCAUUGUACAUAAUUUAAUGAAAGUGGUUAUAGUCAUUUUGAAGAGAACAAUAAGUUCAUCUUACUUAUUUUAUAUUUUUCGAUAAUAAUUUUAAAUAUGAUGUGUGAAUUACAAAAUCCAAUGAGUAUAAUUAGUUGAAAAGGUCUGUAUUUUAAGUGCAUGAUUUUUAAUAUAAUUUACAUUUAUACAAUUGAAUAUUUUGACAAAUACGUUAUUUAUUUUUAUUAAUAUUAAUUAUAACUUUCUUGAAUAUUAAUUUAAUUUAAGAAUAUCGCAGUUCAAAGUUUGUAAUAAAUGAGUUAUUCAA